UGGAUCCGGUUUCCGUCUGCAGGACGGACCAUUGUGCUCCGUCUCUCUCUCUCUCUCUCUCUCUCUCUGCCUGAGAGGCCUGCGUUGCUGGCUCUCCCCGUGAUUGUGAUUGUGUGAUUGUGUGAUUGUGCUCUCCCCUUCCCUCCCGUGCUGCAAUUAUCUGCCGUAGUGUAUUUACAUUGCACAAUGAUGCCAUCGUUCUCUGUUCCUUCGCCACCCUUGACAGUGCGUCUCCUCUGCUCCUCUUCUCAACCCUAAAUGCUACCCUGCUCAUCAGGAUCCCCCGACUGCUAUAUUGUUGCUGUGCUUUUAGAUUGCCCCACUACUUUUUCCUGCUCUCUUGAUCUGUUCUGCUCCACUGAUGGAAUAGAGCUCAGCUAACAGGAUCGCGUCACAAACAUAAAAAUCAAUCAUGGGCCGGUUACUGGAGUAUUUUCUUGUCUGUGGUCUGGGCCCCGAUCUGCAAACCACCUACAUUCCUCCAACCCGCGGCUACUUUGGAACCAAUGCCUACUAUCAACCUGCUCUCCUCGAUCAGUUUCCCCCCUCUGAACUUGCAGCCUGCCCUGAUCCCCCUGAUCAACUCCCUGUGUGUGUGCUGCCUGAUGGAGUGAGAAUUUAUUCACAAGGACCGAGCUCACAGGAUCCGAGCAGCAGUCCCCGCAGCUACCCCAUCGUGCUCACUGAGGGGGAUGGUUCAAAAAUAUAUUUGAGCUGCAUUGCGUUUCGUGACCCCGUGGAUGAUGAUGUCGCUCAAGCCUACAAUAUUCCUGCGAAUUAUUAUGUUGACAAGUGUAUCUGUUUUCUUUCUCGCUCUCCAUGCUUUGAAUUGUUUCGGGAUGCACUCGAGGAAAUAUAUCGCUGUUGCUUUUCAGCUUCUGGUUGCAGCAAGCCCAUAUGGGACAUCAUUGCGCACGUGGUCUUGUCUGUCCCAUUUCCGAGUCCAGGAAUGGGUCAGAUAUUGUUUUCUGUGGAUAGCUACCUGCUGACAGUUGAAGCUCCACCAAAGGAUGGCCUUCCUCAUGCAGAUAUGUCAUUUGAGCCCUUGGUGCGGUCCUUGGACAUCGAGAAUUUGAUACUUCUCUUUACAGCUGUUCUUUUGGAACGACGUAUUCUCCUGCGUGCAAACAAAUAUUCGUUGUUGACGGUUGUUGCAGAAUCCAUUCGCCUUUUGAUUUAUCCCGUCCAAUGGCAGCAUGUGUACAUUCCUGUUUUAUUUUUUGCGGGAGUGGACUACAUUGAUGCGCCAACUCCAUAUCUCAUGGGUUUGCACUCAAGUAUCGAUAUCCAUUCGGCAAGCUUAGAUGGAGUGAUGGUGGUGGAUUUGGACAACAAUAAAGUGGACUGUGGUGAUGCUUUACCGAAUUUGCCAGAGACGGAAGGGAGGCAGCUCCGAAACUCUUUGUUACAGUUGGUGCAUCCUACUCUCACGCAUAUGGAUCGUUUGCGUUCUACGAAUUCUUUCGUACGUCGAUUUUCAAAGCCUUGGUGCAAGGAUCAUGACACUGAGUUGAGGCUCAUCUUUUUACAAUUCUUCGCCUCAGUGUUGAGUGGCUACCGUGAUUUUGUGGAUUCUGUUAUUCGUGCAGCAAACCCUUUCAAUGCGGGUGCUUUUCUCAGGAAGAGAUCCCGGAUAAUGGGGUGUUCAGACGAUACCAUGGUGACGGAGUGGCUAAGCUCUCAAGGUUUCAUGUCAUUCAUAGUAUCAGAUGACUGUAGUUCCAAUUCUGGGCCCAAUUUGGUUGAUAGACUUCAAGCAGCUAUCAGUCGUGGUGAAGACCGUUACUCUGUUCUGCCUGCAAGACCAAACGCACCUGAGGUGCUCACAGUUCUUGACGCUGAUAGACAAGUUCCAGUGUCUAGGUCAAGACAUUGUUACGACCGUUUUCCAGCAUUUCUUAGGACACCUGCACAGGACGAGAAGCGGAAGGCUAUUUUAGCUGCCGCUGUUGAACAAUUGAGAAAAAGCUCUUUUGGACCUGGAGGAAAUGCAGAUAAUCUUAAUUCACAAGCGGCUGAGCAGGAUCUCAUGGUUAAUGACAUCAAAGCCAAACUCCAGGGUUUAUGGAAACGGCUUGUCAGUCUCGGUCCUACCGAGGAUCCUCUAUCUUCUGCUGAGUAUGGUACUAUUUCAGUGUUAAUAGAGUCAGACGCAGACAUUGGACGCAGUGGGUUUGUGGAAUGUCUAAGAGAACAUAUCCAAUCUGGUUGGGAGUGUGACCUCACGGAGCUUCAGUUUAAUGCAGUAAAGGAACUGAUGAAAACAACCAUAAGUAGAGCCGCUUCUCGCAAUGAUAUGAAAAUAGUACGUCACUCUUUGGAAAUUGCUUCAGAAAUCCACCGCAAGGAUCAUGCUAACGUAACUGACUAUAUCCAACGUCAUCUUGGGGCUCUGCCUGUAUGGGAUGAUCUUCGAUUCUGGGAGGGAUACUUUGAUCACCUUAUGUACAUGGAUUCAGAUAACAAGAAUGGUCCUUACGCAGCUCUUGUGACUGAACACCUUGUCGUAUUGGCCAAACAUAUGGCCGGUUUGGGUUUUCGUGACUUGAAGGCCUGGACUAUUUUGGAGACCAUUGCGAAAAACAACAGCCCUGGUGUCAAUAAUUUGAUCGGAUUGAGGGGUUUGCUAGCCCUUAUGCGUUAUGCAGGAGAGGGUUAUUGGGGGCUUUUACCUGAUCAAGCCAUGCAGCUACACACGCAACAACAGCAACAAAUUACAGAUCAAAGCACUAGUGAUGAGAAUAACCAGUCUUCCUCAGAGACUACUGGCAUAGGCAGGAGCUGGGUGCAAAGUAUGUUCAGUCGGGACCGAAAUGCACUCAAUCACUCUGGUGGUACUGGUCGUGCUCGGGGCAGCCAACCCGCCCUUGAGCGAAGUGACAGCAGCAGAACUAUGCAGACACCAGCUCCAGAGCCAGGCUCCCGUGCAGGUGCGAAUAGAGGUUCAUCCGGAGUGCGGUUGCUGCGGGGCCACAAAGCCGCUGUAACAGCCCUACAUGCUGGCAUCAGACAAGAAAUGGGAGACUGUAUGGGAGACUAUGAAGACACUGGUUAUUUCAUUAGUGGAUCAGCCGACUGCACGAUAAAAAUCUGGGAUCCAAGUCUGCGAGGAUCGGAGUUGCGAGCCACUUUCAUUGGUCACACUAGGCCUAUUCGCGCAAUUAGCUCAGACAAGAUACGCGUGGUCUCAGGCUCAGACGAUAAUCGUGUGUUGGUGUGGGAUAAAAAUUCCAAGCAGCUCCAGCAAGAGUUGAAAGGUCACGAAGGGAAGGUGAAUAUUGUGCGAAUGCUGAAAGGAGAGCGCAUCCUUUCGGCAUCUCAUGAUGGCAGUGUUAAGAUGUGGGAUAUACGCAGCGAUUCAUGCGUUGCCACCGUGGGAAAAAGCCCGAGUCCCAUAUUAUGUAUGGAUUAUGAUGACAGCACUGAAAUAUUGGCUGCUGCUGGUGUAGAUGGCGUUGGAAAUGUCUGGGAUGUUCGAGCAGGGAAGAAAAUGCACAGUUUAAUUGGACACUCGAGUUGGAUCAGAUCAUUGAGAAUGGGGGAUAAUUCAAUUGUGACUGGUAGUGAUGACUGGACUGCGCGCGUAUGGUCUGUUUCAAAUGGCGCAUGCGAGGCGGUCUUAGCAUGUCAUUCUGGGGCUGUCACUAAUGUGGAGUAUUGUUCUGCAGAUAAAGGCAUUAUCACUGGUUCUGCCGACGGGUUGGUUCGCAUUUGGGAACUAGCGGAAGGGAAUUCCCUAAAAUGUGUCAGCAGCUUAGAAGGUGUUCAUGCAGGCGGUAUUCUGAGCAUCAAGGCAGGAAGUCGGUGGCUAGCAGUAGGAGCUUCUGAUAACACCAUGUCACUCUUUCAUCGUCCUGAGCAGGAUGAUGGAUCUCGUUUGCCCCCUUGGAAACUGCUACGCACUCCUCCUCGUAGUGCUGCAGUGGUAAGGUGCGUUGCAUCGGAUGUUGAAAGAGGUCGAAUUUGCAGUGGAGCUCGAAAUGGUUUACUUCGGCUGUGGGAACCCGUUACUGCUUAUUAAGUAUUUAAUUACAAGCUGUCAGCAGAUCUUUGCACGCAGUUGAUGAUGCAGUGUGCUUUGAACCUAGGAGUUACAAUUGGAUCGUCAUUGUUUGUAUUCAGCAACUUAUCUAGGUUUCCAGCAGCACUGGUAUGCUGUUUAGAGUUCUCACAAUGUAGGUGGUGCUCAAAAUUCUUCUGCUGACCAAUCAACAAAUUACAGUUCAUUGGAAGAAUUCUUUAUAAAAGUACGCUAGAUUUGAAUCCUCGAAGUUUUACUGAGCUUGUUUCCAUCUGCUGCAUUUAAUUGAACUAUGCCCAGAGUUCAUCAUCCCAGAAUUUCGUUGUCUAUUCCAUCAGUUUAAUGGAACAUAAUUAGUCAAA